AUGGACUUGGAGGCAUUGGCGCCCGAUCAUCCGAUCAUCCAGCAGCCGCCGCAACUAGUGCACCACUCGCGACUGGGAAGUCGAAACUCCAGAUGGGCUUAUCAGGACCGACGCUACCAGCGACCAGUAUCGGAGUACCAGUAUGGCUCGUAUCGCAUUGCCGAAGAACCGGAGACCGGAACAGUCGCUCAUCACCUCCCCUACUCCGCCCCGGCAAUUCCAGCCACUUUUGUGCCAGCUCCAGCCAUUACCACCCCAGCCACAGUUGUGGGGCCUGAGGCCGCAACCCCACAUGACUAA